UCCGCCCGUCGUAGUUUUGCAGGUAUGAGAAACUCAGACAGACAGCUGGCUCUAAACAGAACACAUACUUGUGGCCUCAAGAUAGUAGUUUUUAGACUUUGUUUUUCUCCUGGUUUUCUCUGCUGUAUCAUGGCUCUCAAUUUAUCAUCCAAUUACAAAUUCUUCAGGAGAGUGACUAGUGUAGCUGCCCAACAAACAGCCCAGCUGCAUCAGUUGGCAGCGAAACUCACGUCCUGUCACUCACAGUCGACAUCCAUCCCAGCUCCUGGAGCACCAGUGUUGAACUGUGCUGCUUUGGCAGCUCCUGCAGUGGUCGGUGGAGGCUGGUCUCUUCUGUCAGUGCGUCAUAAAAUUCGAAACUACUUUCCCAAACCCCGUGAAGAAAAGAGACUGAAGUACACGUGGGAAGAGCGUAUAAAAACUCCUGGUGGAAGAGCCAUUCUCAUGAGACGUAUUCUCAAGGGAAGACAUGCCAUUACGCAUCCACCAAGCAUGCUGCCUCAUUGGCCCCACAGGCCCUAUUAAUGAAGAUUCAUUUGUUUUGUUUCAUGUUGAUUUAGUUCUCUAUUAAUAAAUUAAUUCCUAUAAUGACAGCA